CUGAAGUAAAUGUGUAGUCUUGCAAGCCGAACAACAGGGUUUUCAGCCAUGUCUGUCACCGGACACCUAUCUGCAUCCCAAGCAUGAAGAGAUGCCCACAGUGAGCCCAUUUCUGGGGCCAGAUCUCUCCAGGAAGCUUGUCAGCCUCACAAGUUUCUGAAGGGCUGUGGGUGAGACACUAUUGUUGACCCUGGAGAGGCAUUCCCAGCUCUUACUGCAAAAGCUCCAUUAACCUGAAAGCUGGCACUGUUUGAGGGAGCUUUGUUGCUGUCUGCAGAGAGGAUCCAGGGUCUAGCCGUGGAGCAGUCCAUGCAGUGUGACGCUGGUCACCUGACACAGGCCACCUGUCCUGCAGAGACCUGGUAACAGACCAUGUUGCUAAGAGCCAACUCCUGAGCUUGCUGAAGUCCAGACACUGAGGGAAGGCUGAGGCAAGCGGAGCCGCAAGUGGAAGGCAGAGCCAAUGAGGCACUGGGCUUGAACCUGGAAUCAGCAGAUCAGCCAGAACAGAGGGGAGAGCGAAAGAGUGAGGCAGGGAAGGAGUACUGCUACAUCAGGCCACCCUCUGCCCCAUGGCCUCCAAGCAGAAUGCUGCAAAGGGCAGAGGGGAAAAGCGGAAGCGGGUGGUGCUGACCCUGAAGGAGAAGAUUGACAUCUGCACGCGCCUAGAGCGGGGAGAGAGCAGGAAGGCCCUGAUGCAGGAGUACAAUGUGGGCAUGUCCACCCUGUAUGACAUCAAGGCUCACAAGGCCCAGCUGCUCAGGUUCUUUGCCAACUCAGACUCCAGACAGGCGCUGGAGCAGCGGCGCACUCUGCACACGCCAAAGCUCGAGCACCUGGAUCGGGUGCUGUAUGAGUGGUUCCUGGUAAAGCGCGCUGAGGGUGUCCCCGUGUCAGGCCCCAUGCUUAUUGAGAAGGCCAAGGACUUCUACGAGCAGAUGCAGCUGACUGAGCCCUGCGUGUUUUCUGGAGGAUGGCUUUGGCGCUUUAAAGCCAGGCAUGGCAUUAAAAAGCUAGAUGCAUCCAGUGAGAAGCAGGUAGCCGACCACCAAGCAGCGGAGCAGUUCUGUGGCUUUUUUAGGAGCUUGACUGCUGAGCAUGGGUUGUCCCCUGAACAGGUUUACAGUGCCGAUGAGACUGGCCUUUUCUGGCGGUGCUUGCCAAAUCCCACCCCAGAUGGUGGGGCCAUGCCCAGCCUCAAGCAGGGCAAGGACAGACUGACUGUCCUGAUGUGUGCCAAUGCCGCAGGCUCCCACAGAAUCAAACCCUUGGCCAUUGGAAAGUGUGGCCCCAGGGCUUUCAGGGGCAUCCAGCACCUACCUGUUGCCUAUAAGGCCCAGGGCAAUGCCUGGGUGGACAAGGAAAUUUUCUCAGAUUGGUUCCAUCACAUCUUUGUUCCCUCGGUGCGAGAGCACUUCAGAACGAUAGGCUUGCCGGAAGACAGCAAGGCCAUUCUGUUGCUGGACAGCUCCCGGGCUCACCCUCAGGAGUCUGAGUUGGUGUCUGAUAACAUCUUCACCAUUUUCCUGCCUGCCAGUGUGACCUCCUUAAUUCAGCCCAUGGAGCAAGGUAUUCGAAGAGACUUCAUGAGGCACUUCAUUAGCCCUCCCGUCUCCCUGCAGGGCUUCCAUUCCCGCUACAGCAUGAACGAUACCAUUUUCAACGUGGCCUGUGCAUGGAAUGCUGUGCCCAGCCAGGUGUUCAGGCGGGCCUGGAGGAAGCUGUGGCCUGCAGGUGCCUUCACUGAAGGCUCAUCUGAAGAGGAGGAAGUGGCAGCAGAGCACUGCACCUCUAAGCCUCACCAUAAGACUUUCGCACACAUCCUUGAGCUGGUGAAAGAGGGCCCCUCCUGCCCAGGCAGCAGGCUUCAGAGCCUUGAGGCAGAGGAGCAGGGCACAGCUGGGAGGGAGCUAGGUGAGGCGCACCCUGCUGUGUUACUAGCCCGGGCAGAUGGGCAUGCAGAAGAAGGGAAGCGAGGCUGCGACGAGAAUGAUGAGGCAGCCUGGGAGCAGGCGGCAGCGUCCUUUGAGGCUGUUGUGCGUUUUGCUGAAUGGCAGCCCUGCUUCACCGUGCAGGAGGUGGGGCAGCUGCACCAGCUGCACUUUGCAUUCAGGCGACAGUGGCAGCUGAGGCAGCAGCAGAUUGCUUUGAGAGCAGUGGUCAAAAUUGAGGCUCUCCAGGAGUGCCCUGCUGGGAGCGCAGCCCCAACCCGCUCAACCCGCUCCCCCUUGCCCUGCUCGUCUGCAGCAGGUGAUCAGUGAUAACACCCUGCAGCUCUGGGCUCCCUAGGGUGGGCACGCUCCAACACCCAGAGCUUUCUCCAACUGCUGUGUUACUCAGGAGGGCCUGGCCCCAUGUGUGCCAGCUGACCAGGGUUUUUCAGUGUAACUGGCCAUGUGACCUAAAUGGGAGGAGACCUGCAAGGAGACCCCCCUCACCCCAUCUUCUGUAGCUAUAGCCAGGCUAGGCCAUAUGUGUCAACGGCAGGGUAUGUCUGCCCAAGAGAAGAACACCAUGCAGGCCUCCAAAGGUUGGUGGAUUGGGAGGGUGGGCAUUCCUGCGUGGGGUGGACCCCGAGCCUGGUACAUGAGAGCAAGUUACCAGUGACCAUGACUCAGUUCAUCAUGCCCAAUGUAGCCCACUCAUGGCUGCACAGCAAUAGACAAGUCACCCUCUUCCAGGUGCCUACGUAAGCCAUGGUCCUAAAGAGACUAGUGUCCCCUGUGGCCAGCAGGCCCCCAGCUCAGGCCCAAGCCAUACUGCGCUGAUGUGAGGUGACUUCUUGUAUGGCUAGUUGGCCAGGUCCUCUCAUUCCUAGAAAUGAUGGAUACUGCAGUGUUUUCAGCCUGUGGUUCAGAGGCCAGCACAGAGUUCAUAUACUCUCACCGCGUUUCCUGGUUGCAGCCUUCAUGAUGCGAGAGCUUGAUGAGGCAUUCAGACGUUAGUCCUGAGUUUGCACUGAGCAUGCUAAAACAGGCUGCUGGUUGCCCCAGCGGUGUCGGAGCACUCAUCCUCAGCUGGUAACAGGUUAGUGGUACUCCCAGGAAAGGCAUGUCCACAUCAUUGGUUUUUACAGAGGCCUUUGUGGAAGGAUGCAGUCAACGAUUCCCGCAGACCACGUAGCUGAUUUGUAGCCUCCUAUUUUAGGCUCCCUAGCACCUGUACCUGUGGUUCCAGAAGGCCCUUUGUCCAUGGUCAUUAGUAUCUCUGAAUGUACACGAAAUAGUUGUAUUUUUCUAUGUUCUUUCACUGGUUUCCCCAAACUCCACUCCCUGUUAGAUUCAGGUCAUGGCAGCUGAAUCGGCACGUGGUUUUCUCUCCAGCAUUUGCUAAUUGUUCCACCAAGGCUUUUGCUCCCAGGAUCCUGUGAGAACCAAGGGGCCUUAGGGGAGCAUGUUUGCCUUUUCCGUGUGUCCAGACACUGAGGCCGUGGUCAUCGCCUCCGUAGUACUGGUGGCCAUGUGUGUUUCUUGCUCUAAAGGCAUGUGUGAAGACUAUAAACAUCCGAU